GCUAUGGCAAGACAAACGUUACAGCAGACGGAAUUUCCAAGUGAAUUUCCAUCGUGAAAAUGGCGUCCACGUGUUUGCGAGUAUCUCAGGGCUUAAUUCCCAGUUUUCGUGGAAUUGUUAGGAGAAAGUAUUUGAGCGCCAAUUCUGUCGGUGCUGUUAGAAAUUUGUCUACUUCGGCUGACGAGAAAGCUGCACCUCCACCAGCUGAACUAUCAGAGAAUGAAAGAAAAUUAUCAUCUGAAAUAGAAAGUAUCAGCAAAGAUGUGGAAACCUUUAAAGAAAAAAUUAGUGAUCUUGAUGACAAGUACAAACGUUCUUUGGCUGACACGGAAAACAUGAGAAAACGUCUAACCAAGCAGAUUGAAGAUGCGAAAUUGUUUGGAAUUCAAGGUUUUUGCAAAGAUCUAUUGACGGUUUCAGACAUUCUUCAGAAAGCCACAGAAUGUGUACCAGCUGAAGAACUUAAAACCAACAGUCCAUUAAAAAAUCUUUACGAGGGGCUCACAAUGACGGAAGCAGAACUCCAGAAGGUAUUCAAACGCCAUGGCUUAGUUCCAGUUAGUCCACUUGGGGAGAAAUUUAACCCAAAUCACCACGAAGCUUUGUUUGAGCAGCCUGUAGAGGGGAAAGAACCAGGAACGGUGAUUGCUGUUACCAAAAUCGGCUACAAACUUCACGAACGUAUCGUUCGACCAGCGAUGGUGGGAGUGGCCAAGUAAAUGCUCGACGACAUUGUAUAAAUACUUGUACUUGGAUGACAGAUAAUCCCAAAUCAUUCAGUCUGUGCGAACAUAAUCAGAUUUCACUGAGACCUCUCCGGGUGAAUGCAAACUAAAUUUCCCAUUAUAUUGUGGCAUGAACUCGGGUUGAUCUCACAAGAAGUUUCGCAUAGACUCAGUGAUUUGACCACUCUUAUUCAUAGCUUAGUUAAUUCGGCAUGUUGCCGAGAAUCCACAAGAAAAAUAAAACAAAGCUCUUUUUAAUAGUCAAA